GUUCCUUCAGGUCGGUGUCAGGUUUUUGGAGGCGCCGCCAGGCCUCCUAUUUUACCGUCAGUUCCCGCUAGAACAUCAAAAUUGAACUCGGAGCUCAAACCCUUCAAAGUCGAAUCUCAUUCACCGGUUAUCAAAUCAUUAUGUCAAAACGCGACCUGAGCCGGUCGACGCCGACACAAGCAGAGCCACCGCACAAGCGCACAAAGACAGACACAGGUAUUAACGCGGCCUCGUCAGCAACUCCUCAUGUCGGCCCAGUUACAUCCAUCACAAAAUGGACUUCGUCGGCGAUCGCGCGGUCCUAUCCGCCACUACCAGCGGUCCUAGAUCCAGCGCUAGAGACCGCGGCUUUAACGCAUUCUGGUAUGCGGAACAACGUCAUGGAUCCAAGCUAUGAACGGCUUGAGUGGAUAGGAGAUGCCUACCUCGAGGUCAUCGCCUCUGAGUUAGUCUUUCUCACCUUCCCAACUCUCGAGCCAGGGAAAAGCUCGCAGUAUCGAGAAAUGCUCGUCCGUAACAGCACACUGGAGAAGUUCUCGAGACACUAUGGGUUGGACAAAAGGGCCAACUUCCCAGAUGAGUUCGGCUUGGGCGGACGUUCUAAUGGGACCACGGCCAACGCAAAGCAUCGGGUUAAGGUCUUGGGUGACAUUUUCGAGGCGUACGUUGGCGCUAUCGUUUUGUCUGAUCCAGAGAACGGCUUCAAGCGAGCGUCGGAGUGGAUGAAAACCUUGUGGGGCCCGUUAUUGGAGAGACAUAUCCGCGAGGAGGAGAGGAACGGGGGCAACUCAAGCGAGAAAGAACCCCCAAAGUCGGUGCUGGAGCGGAUGAUUGGCGCACCGGGCGUCAAGCUCGAGUAUAGAGAUCUGGACUCUAAUGGGAAAAAAGACCGCGUUACGAAUCAGCCACUGUAUUGCGUGGGCUGUUUCCUCCACGGCUGGGGCGAGACGGGAUUGCAGCUGGGCUACGGGAGCGCGCUCGGCAAGAAAGAGGCUGGGCAAAAGGCAGCGCAGAUGGCGCUGGGGAAUAAGAAGCUGAUCAAAAAGUAUGCAGACAAGAAGGAGGCGUUCAUGGCUGCCCGGGCUGCACAGGCAUCGGCAGAUAAGGGAAGUUAGGUAGGCAAACAAAACGGUCAACUUGCAUCCCAACGCAACGCACAUCCAGGCACCAUCCAGUAUUAAAGAAAGCAAAACCGAAGAAUUCCUUGAUGCGCCCCCUAAAUGAUGCCUCCCGGCAGGUCAUACCCUCUGGCGGUGCGAC